UUCUACGCUCCUGUAUAGCGUCGAUAAGAUUGGUCAACAUCAUCAGCUACCGCCGUCUGUUGUUUCACGUCUGUUUUCUUUCUUUCUCAUUUUGAUUCUUGUUUGUUUUGCCUUUGCUGUUUUUCAGUUGUUUCCAGGCCAACUCCAACUAAAGAAUCAAAUGAUGCUAAGCCUCUCCGAUGAAACGUUUAGUUUGUCGCCAGAAUGAAGAGCGGAGCUCAAUUGAAUCCUUCCACAGCGGAAUCGAACAGGUUUAAAUGUCAUUAUCAAUCAUACACUCAGCGAUACAUGAUGACGUGAAGAGCGGCGUAGGACGAACUAGGACGUUGCGAAGAUCCAACAGUGUGGAUUUAUCGAUGCUGACGUGAUUAUGCACUGUGAUAUCUGUACAAUGGCGAUUUCCUUUGCUCUCCACCCGUACAGGCAGACGGAUAUUCGACAUACCCCCCGCGAUUCGUCCACUCCUCGCCCUUUUCGCCUCGUGCCCACUUUCCUGUUUUGUACCCGGACAAUCCGAGUGAUGUUGCAAUAUGCGCGCGCUGCCACAACCUUUUCCUUUUUUUCUCCAUCGGUUCACGCUGUGAAGAUACGUGGGCCAUCUGAACGGUUUUCGAGUCAGUUGCUUCUCUUCUGUUACGAGACGAGGAAGCGCCAAUCACUUGGUCAUCGUUCAAUUAUUCAACCCGCCAAAAAUAUGAGACUAUCCGACUACGGGCAUUGUCACUGAGCAUUUAGUUCCCACGUGUCAUCACUUCUCUUCUUUAGAACUGGUGAAGAAAAGCUGCUUGGGACCGGUGCAAGUCUCGACCGUGUAAUUUCAUUGGAAGUGCGGCCAUCUAUUCGUUAUACGAGCAAGACACACAACUACUCACUCAUCUCUCGUGGGCGUGAAAAAGCAGACGAGUAACAGUGACAAGAUCAACCGCUCGUCGGAAAUCAUGGCCCAGCUGUUGGCUUCCAGCGUCAUCACUUGGAUUUGGAUCGGCACUUUCUGCAUGACUGCUAUCACGCCUUUGAUUGUUGCGGGCCGCGUCCAUUCGGACGGCCCCAGUUUAGGGUUUGAGCCGGAGUUCACGGAAAGCAUGACCAACGUGACAGUUGCCACUGGCCGAGACGCGGUGCUCAGUUGCAGCGUUGCCAAUCUUGGUGGUCACAAGGUCGGUUGGGUGAAAGCCGACACCAAAGCCAUCCAAGCCAUCCACUUGAUUGUGGUGACGCACAAUCCGCGCGUUUCGGUCGAGCACAUCGGCUCCAGUCAGUGGAAACUGAUCAUCAAGAACGUCCGCAAAGAAGACGCCGGUUUCUACAUGGCGCAAAUAAACACCGAUCCGAUGAAGAGUCAGGUGACGUACUUGGACGUGACAGAACCACCGGACAUUAUCGACGAGCGGACGCCUGGCGAAAUUCGCGUUCGGGAGAACGAGGCGGUCAAGUUGACAUGCGAGGCCAGAGGUAACCCUGCGCCGCGGAUCACGUGGAAGCGGGAAGACGGCCACGAUUUGCACUUGACCUCACGAGACGAACACAAAGGCGCUGGAGGAUCUUUUCGGAAUAGAAGCCACGGCAGUCCGGCUGUGUACAGCGUCGACGGCGAGACGUUGAGGAUCAACCAAGUAUCGAAACGCCAUAUGGCCGUUUACUAUUGCAUCGCGUCCAACGGAGUGCCGCCGUCCGUUAGCAAACGAGUGGCAGUGACCGUUUUGUUCGCUCCGACCGUAGCGGUGGACAAUCAAAUUGUGGGCGUGCCUUUAGGGAACAACGUGACGCUCGGGUGUAUCGUCGAAUCCUCUCCAAAAUCGAUCAACGUCUGGUACAAAGAUGACAAGAUGAUCGCCAAUAGCAGUCGGUUGGGUUACGAAGAGAAGAUCGAAUCGUCUUACCGAGUCCGCAUGAUCCUGACGAUAGCGCAUUUUCGUAAAACGGACGUUGGCAAGUACGAGUGUAGGUGUAGGAAUGAGCACGGCGAGGCUGAAGGCACAGUCAAGCUGCACGAUUUGAGGCCGUUGAUUACGACGACGACGACGACUCCGCCACCCAUUUUCAUGAUGGGCGAAAACGACAUUUAUCCGUUGAUUAUCGGCACGACGGCGUGGACGCUGGUUUCGCAACGGGAUCGCGUCUUGGCCACCACCGGCCGGCCUCGACACACCGCCGUCGAUUUGCCGACGCGUCCGAUCGGAGACGCCGAAUUCCUACCGUCCGGAUCGGCUACCAGCAACAACCACAACCGACACGGCCAUGACAUGAUGAAAGCUACGUUGCGACCGCGUUCAGGGGGACAUUCUUCUUCCGCAUUACCCACCAGCUGGAGCGGUGGCCUUCUCUUCACUCUGGCCGCUACGGUUAUCGUUCUGGACAUGGUGUUGUCGUAACAAACCAUGAAAAUAUGCAAUCCUGUUGCACAAAUAUAUGACCCAGCUUUUGUAUACUAUGUCAUCAGCAUCGACCAAGAUAAACAUCCUUAACUCGUCGUCAACCUUUUCUGCAUAUCCGGAGCAACUUGUCAAGCGCUCGACCAUGUACAGUAGGAAAAAGAGAGAUGAUUCGUGAACUUUGAUUAUAUCGCUACAAUCACUCAAGAGAUGGGAUUCUGCAUCCUCAAAGCCGGGAGAAAGAGAAACAUGGCGUAUACAGUUAGUAUACUCGGAGUGUUUCUUUUCUUGUUCUUCUCAUCGCUGCAGCUGGUUCUGAUGUCGUUGUACAUUCAUAAAUCACUCCCUCCCCCAUGUUGUCUGUUCGUCUCAUUUCCAAUCCCACACACACCCCACCCCUCCCUCCCCCAAAGCUUCGUUUUGCGUGGUGGCUGCUGGUAGCGUUUAGCUAUAUGAUCCAACAGUCUAACGAAAGCAUCCAGUGGAAUCUCGAUGCAUUUAAAAAUGAUAUCAUCAUUCGAAUGUCUUUCUUGUUUAAUCCUUUAUCCUUUACCCAAUUUACGUUCUUUGUACUGUACAUGGUUUUAUUUUUUGAAGUAAACAAACAGCAUGUGAGAGAGAAUGAAGUCCAGCCUAAUUAGUGCUAUGCAGACAGCAAUCCCGGCUGUGUUAUGAAACGCGUCAGCGCAGUGGCUUGUCGGAUUGACGGGCAGGCCGUUUUAAUCGUGUACAAAAAUCAUCAUCACUUCUCCCACUCUCUCGUUUAUUCUCUUUGUUGUUGUGUAGACUUAUUCUGCUUGUCCCUUGUUAUCCUUGUAAUAUAUCAAAACCUAUUUAUAUCGGCCGCGUUUUAUGUUGGUGGUUGCGCGUUGAUGGCUGUACACAAAUUGGGGAGCGGCACAGCAGCGCGAAGAGGGAAAAAAGAGCCGGACCCCGCACAACAUUCGUGCAGUGGCAGACAUAGCACGGACUAAAGAAAAAAAAAUAAAGCUGGCCGCUGGAUCAUCGAUAUAAUAACGUCAUCGAAAGAAAAAGAAAAAAACGGCCAUCUUUCAUCAGUUGAUUGCUUUUACUCAGUGACUGGCGGAGACGGACAAACAAUAGCCGUGCGCUCCUCCUUCUGCCGCGUGCUGGAGGGGAAUGAACAAAAGAAGAAGACGAAAAGACUUUUCAAAAAGUAUAAUAUAUAUUUAUAUAUAUAUAUAUAUUAUUUGCUGCUUUGUAGAUAGACGAAGAAGAGAAAUUCGACAAAUUCCUGUACUUUUCUUUUUUUUUUUUCUCUCGUUUUUCUUUUCCUGUCCGUUUCUUUGUUGCUAUUCAGUCGAGAUGGGAAACUUCAAUCCAUUAGACCGCAUCGUCUGUAUUAUAUAUUGUACAACUCUUUAUAUGGCGUCUUUAUAGCAAACCCAAAAUUGUAUGAAAGAAGAAAAAAAAACCAAAAAAAAGGGAGGAAAAGAAAAAGAAUCUACUGUACCUAUGCUCUGUAUACUAUUCUGUUGUUUGCCAAGCUCCUAAGCAGCGAGAAAAAAAAAAAGAAUAUGAGUCUCGACAACUCUGUGAAACAAACACAAAUACACUCGAUAAGAUAUC